AUGGUGGAUCCUCAGAACAUCAACACUGGCUUUGCAGAUGUGCAUGCGCCCGCGGAGACAAUCGAGGCGCUGAAGAGCCUGACGACGUUGUCUCUGCUACGCCCUGACGCGUUCAAGUAUGGUGUGCUUGCCAAAGAUCGAUUACCGGGACUUCUGCUGUACGGGCCACCCGGCACGGGCAAGACUCUCCUCGCGAAAGCGGUUGCGAAGGAAUCGAAAGCCACGGUGCUGGAGGUCAGCGGCGCAUCCAUCUACGACAAGUGGGUCGGAGAAGGCGAAAAGAACGUGCGGGCAGUCUUCAGUCUCGCGAAGAAGUUGUCGCCUUGCGUUGUUUUCAUCGAUGAAGCCGACGCCAUUUUUGGCAGCCGCAGCCAAGCUGGUAACCGAAGCACACACCGUGAAACGAUCAAUCAGUUCCUUCGAGAAUGGGAUGGUCUGACAGAGCACUCCGUCUUCAUGAUGGUGGCGUCCAACCGACCUUUUGAUCUCGACGAUGCAGUGCUGCGUCGUCUUCCCCGAAGACUGCUUGUCGACCUCCCGACUGCGAAAGACCGAGAGUCUAUCUUGGGCAUUCAUCUGAAGAACGAAGCGCUGGAUGAGUCCGUGUCUUUGCAUAAGCUGGCGGAACAGACGCCGCUGUACAGCGGAUCCGACUUGAAGAACCUCGCCGUCGCAGCCGCGCUGGCUUGCGUGCGGGAGGAGAACGAUCUCACCGAGGCCAACAAGGACGUGAAGGAGUUCAAACUGCCUGAGAAGCGCACGCUUUCGCAGCAGCACUUUGACAAGGCACUGGCGGAGAUUAGUGCGUCGAUUAGCGAGGACAUGGGUUCGUUGAAGGCGAUUCGGAAGUUCGACGAGCGGUUUGGGGAUCGCAAGGGGCGGAGGAAGAAGGCGAGUUAUGGGUUUGGGGCGAGUGAUGGGGCGGAGGAUGAGGAUGCUGCGAGGGUGAGGAAAUCGACAUCGUCCCCGCCGCCGCCUUGA